AUGAUCGAUUAUUGGGCACUCGAACCUGAUGGUAAAGUUCAUAUAUUACCGGUGGACGAGGAUGAUGUUCAAAGAAGUGGUGAUGAGAUGAGUGGUGAAGAGGUAGAGUGGAGUUUUGGAGUUCAAGCUGAUAAACAAGUCACCUACGCCGUCUCAGCCGGUCAAUUACUUCUCGUACCAGUCCUCAUCUUCCUAGCAUGGUCAAAACCUCGCACUUCCACACUAUUCCUCGCUCUUGAAUUACUUCUAUUCGUAGUAUCAUCAACAUGGGACCUCAUAUUGCGUCUUCUCACAGUUUCCAACACCACAUUCCAAAUGCAAGAUUUAGCUCUUGGAAUCGUUUCUUCUCUCCCAGCAUUGAGUUUCUUGAUGUUCGCCACUGCGCUAUAUGUGGGGGAAAUUAGAGGACAACUUCCAGAGGUUUGGAAGAGCAGUGUGGCUACACAUGCGUUUGGAGUGCUGAUUUUACCUUUGGUACCCAUCUCUUUCGUCGGGGCUUUGUUGGGUGGGGUUUUGUUGGUUCAAUAUGAUGACAAAGUACUGGCAUUCGACGACUCAUCCGAUUUGGUAACUCACGAUAUCAUAUCCAUUGCAGGCGCUGGAGCAGGCGCUCUUUUUCUUCUUUUCCCCACUAUCCUUAUUCUUUACCUCUGCCUCCACCACACCCCAGCCAGACUCUGGUACAUCCUCAUAUCCUUAGGUCUCUUCAUCGCUCUAUCCGAGAUCGCCCUUACACCACUACCAUUCACCUUCCCGACCAUCAUCCUUCGUCGGGCCUUACGAUUUUCCAGUCGACUUAUCCUGGUUCUAGGCCUUUUGGGAUUAUAUCUCGCUGUCCCAGAUCGACAGAGUUUAUCUCAUAGGAGAUUAGAUAGUGAAGAUGGGCAUCAUAAUCCUGAUGAACCGGCCUCAAAGUCUCCACGACUGACAGAGGGAAAGGAUGGGGGCGAGGCGAAAGAGAAAAGUGGGAAAAGUAAGAAGAAGAAGCCGGAACCACUUCGGAUUGGCGCACCGGUAAAUGGAACUUUCAGGAGAUUGUCGACCGACGCCACGAGGGAGUUUUACUCCAAUCACGCAAAAGUCAGAGGGGUCGAAAUUCAUGUACCUGUGGAAAGGGUGGUUUUCCGAACUCCCGCUGCUCGAGCGCCUAUCCUCAGCUUCGCAGGAUCCAUCUUUGACCAAGACGCCCUUACAGAGCUCGCGGAAGUCAUUCGUCGUCGUCCUCCCCCUUCACCGCAACCUGAGCCUCUGACAGCGAGAAGUACCAAGAAAUACGCUGGAAGCAUAUACGAUCCUGGUCGGAUAUCUGUGCUCGGUUCUGACCUCGCUCAAUGGCCACCCACAGCCACUGCAUCUUUAUCUCCACCAGGAGAUUCCAGAUCAGGAUUGACCAGUCCUAUUUACCCAACAAGAGGACAGAGGGAACCACCAGGACGAAUGAGGUCUAAUCGAUCUCGUCGACAAAACUCCGAUGCACGUGAAUUACGAUAUCAGCAAAGCCGAUAUAAUUCCCAGACGAUACGAAAUGCCCCAGCCUCUAGAGUUCCGCCUGGGUUUCAAGAUGACUAUACGACGGAUGAGAUGACCGAAUCUGAAUUGAGAGGUCCAAGAAUGGUUCAUCCCUUUGCCAUGGGAGCGGAUCUUGAUGUACCGGUAUCUGCUGGAGAAGAUGAUUUGGUGAGAAUACGAGAUAUACCCAGAUAUCGGACUGGCGAUGUCACCAUUUCCGAGGCGUUGCCGAGGACAAAUUCGGUUAGACGUAAACCUGUGCCAGCUUAUGAAGUGGUUGAUCGUCGUAUGUCACGUUCGGUGCCCAUUGAGGUGGCCUCAUUGAGGGAAAGAUAUAUCCCUGGGAGAAGAGACCAAAUAGAGGAAGAAAAUCGAAGUCGAAUGGAAAAGAUGGGACCCUCCACAGCGACAUCUUGGCAGAGCACGGUGAUACCGAGUCCACCACCACCCAAUCCUAGAAGAGAAACAGACCCUAAUCUCGCUCUUUCCCCAAUCGUCUCGCCCACGUCGGAAUAUUCCACACAGGAUCAACACAAGUCACUGUUCUUUGCUACGCCUGACGAAACACCCGAAUCAACCCUACGCGGAUCAACACGAACGUCUCGCACCGUGUCUUCUAGGAGACCGUCCGAUGAGAGUCUGAUUCAUGGAGCAAGGGACAGUAUGCUUUUGCCGACACCAGACUUCUCCAGGCGAUCAGAGGGAUUUCCAAGGGAAAAGUUGUCACGCCAAGCCUUAACGGAGGAGGUUCUGGGACAAGAGUAUGACGAGGACAUGGCGAGCAACAUGAGCGGGAUGGCCACAAGAGGAUCGGAAGUGGGCGUGAGAGCCGUCAGGGAGGCGUUCAGGAUGAGGAGAGUAGAAGACACUAGAAUAUCCACCCAGCCGUCCGAAGUCAGCGUCAUGGCAAGUCUGUCGAGACUGCAAAGAGAUGCCGGAAUCGAAGCGGAUCCUAAAAGAUUAGACAACAUAUCGGAGCUGAGGUUCAGUAUUAGCACCAUGGAGAGCGAGGACCUAACACCUCGUGCAAAUCGCACUAGUGAGACACCCGCGGUAGCCGAAAUAGGGGCGUGGUGGGCCAGAUGA